AUGGCGAGGAGACGCGUCCAGUUAACAACGUUGGGUAAACAAUUUGGAAAAUGGGAUCUGGACAGAAUUGGCUAUUUUCAAGAUGAAAAUCCGGCGCCCUUCGGCGAGUAUACAGGAAAACCGGUUCUGUUUCGCGAAGGUAUCAAUGAAGGCCGCCAAAUGUUCCCGGGGCCACGGACCGAUUUAUUUGAAGAGAAAUUCGUGCGGAUUUUCCAUGGUGAGGCACUGAACGAGCCGUGGCGCAUCGAAGCUCAAGAACGGUUGCAACGGGACAAGGAUAAGAUUGGCGGUCAUUUAUUACCACCCGCGCCCGCCAAAAAGCACUCGACGCCGGGUGAUUGGCACGGAUGUUUUGAGAAAGUCACUUACUUCAGCCCUGCGGUUAAGAAGAGAGUGAAGGGAGUCCCUGAACUUCCGAACGUGAGGAUUAAACCUAAUCCUCGUGGAGGGCCAGGAUACCCCGACAUUUGUCUCAACCCUUUCCCGUCCUAUUCCCACGAGCCUUAUGAUAUACCAAGAAAACGAG